AUGUCCCCCAGUAGGUCUCUAUCGGCACUCGAAGAUCCCACUAUCCGUCGAGUUGGACCUUCACUAGGUAUUAUGGUUGGGAUGUAUUACCUUUUGCCACUUGGUUGUUAUUUCGAAAAAUUUUCCUUCGUAAAGCGUGACUGUCACGCGUUUUGGGUAAUGCGGGUAAUACCCAUACUAAAACUGACCUCGGAAAAAAUAUGGCUGGGCGGCUAG